AUGGGGCCGCGGCGGCGCCUGGCGGCCGCGCUGCUGCCGCUGCGGCCCGGCGGGGGGGGGGGCCCGGGCUGGGGGGGGGCCCUGCUGGGGGCCGCCCUCCUCGGGGGGGUCCUGCUGGCGGCCGUCCGCGCCCACCCGGGCCCGGAGCGGGACGGGGAGCGGGAGGGGGACGGGGCCGAGCCCUGCCGAGCUUGCCGCGGCCUCGCUGACAGCUUCAGCAGGGGCCUGGAGCGGACAGAGCACGAAGGCUUUGGUGGGGGCAACACGGCCUGGGAGGAGGAGAAGCUGGCCAAGUACCAACACAGUGAGACCCGUCUGCUGGAGGUGCUGGAGGGCGUCUGUGCCCCCUCGGACUUUGCCUGCCACCAGCUGCUGGAGCAGAGCGAGGAGCACGUGGAGCAGUGGUGGUUCCACGAGCGGCAGCAGCACCCCGACUUCUUCCAAUGGCUGUGCAUGGACAGGCUGGCACUCUGCUGCCCGCCCGGCACCUACGGCCCCGACUGCCGGCCCUGUGCCGGCGGGCCCCGGCAGCCCUGCAGCGGCAACGGGCGAUGCGACGGCGACGGCACGCGGCGCGGGACCGGCCUGUGUGUCUGCAGCCCGGGCUACGGCGGCCCUUUCUGCGCCGAGUGCGGUGAUGGCUACUACGAGGCCUCGCGGAACAAGAGCCACCUGGUAUGUGCCGAGUGCUACCGGGCGUGCGGGCGCUGCACGGGGCCGGAGGACUCCAGCUGCCUUCGCUGCAAGAGGGGCUGGAUGCUGCACGAGCACCGCUGCAUCGACAUCGACGAGUGCGGCACGGAGAUGGCGCACUGCCGAGCCAACCAGUUCUGCGUCAACACGGAGGGCUCCUACGAGUGCCGAGACUGCUCCACGGCCUGCAUCGGCUGCAUGGGCGCCGGGCCAGCUCGCUGCAAGAAAUGCAACAAGGGCUACUGGCGGGAUGGAGCCAAGUGCCUGGACGUAGACGAGUGCGCCAGCGCCGAGGAGCCGGUGUGCACGGGAGCGCAGGAGGUGUGCGAGAACACGGAGGGCAGCUACCGCUGCGUCUGCGCCAGCGGCCACGUCCGGCGGGACGGGCACUGCGUGGAGGACAAACCCCCAGAUGCCCCGGAGAAGGGUUUUUUUGAUGACGUGACGGAGGACGAGGUGGUGGUGCUGCAGCAGAUGUUCUUUGGCGUGAUGAUUUGCGCCCUCGCCACGCUGGCCGCCAAGGGCGACAUGGUCUUCACCGCCAUCUUCAUCGGCGCCGUGGCCGCCAUGGCCGGCUACUGGCUCUCCGACCGCAGCGACCGCGUCCUCGACGGCUUCAUGAAGGGCAGAUAGCUCUGGGGCUGCCGCGUGCGGGCUGGGGGGGCAGGCUCGGCCUGGGGUGCGGGGUACCCCCCCCCCCCAGCAGGGGCUGGCUGCCGAGACCGGAUCUUGCGCGCGGUGCUGUGCCCUGCAUGAGUCCCCCAGCCCCCCAUUAGCAUAGGGUCUCGCUCCCCCCCCCUGCAGAAUGAGCCGGGGCUACCUGAUUCCCGGGGGCUCCCGCACAGCCCCCUCUGGCUGGGGUGGUGAUGCCAGGCAGUGCGGCACCGUGGCGGGGGGGGGGGCACAGCAUGCUGCCCCAGCCCCUCGUGCGCUGGAGGAGAGGCCUGGCACAGUGGCAGGUGGGAGGGCGCGGGGGCAGGUCAGGGGGUGCUCUGGCACGGCCGGGUGCCGGGGCGGUGAUGCUGGCGGAGCUCGGCCCCUCUGCCUGCCCGGCGAGCGUCGCCAGGGCUGGCGGCUGCCGGCCCUGUGGGACCUUAUGCCCCCCCCCCCCCCUCCGUGAGAUGGUUCCCCGUGGGGCAGUGGGGGACUGGGUCCCCCCUCUGCCCCCAGCUGUAGGGCUGGGAGAGCUGCCCCCCCCCCGCCCCAUCCCUGGGCAGAGCCCAUCUCUCCCCUCCUGGGCUGGGGGCUCCUGCGGGGCAGGGGGUCGGGGGCCGCUCGCGGGUUGCCGUGCCAGCAGGGGGGGGCCCUGCCGGAUGCAUGAGCGUGGCCGUUGCAUUUGUCCGUGGUUUGUCCGUCGGGGUGUGCCCAUCUGUCCGUGUGUCCAUAUCUCAGGAAAUAAAGCUCUGCACACCCA